AUGUCUGUCAAUCCGACAUCAGUGGGCCUGUUGCCCACUCGCCUCCGCAACUUCUUUGCUCGCUACCCACCCCAAAUAUAUUCCGCCCUUGUCGCGUCGCGUCCAACCCCCCCGGAGACCAACCCCGAACAAACUCUUCCCUCGCCCUACACCCCCGACCGUGAUGCCAAGGGUGCCCACCGUGAGAACUUGCAGGAGUCUUCCGCGCGGGCUCUUCUGCAAGAUGACCGCAAAAUUUGGAACCCAUUCCUGCCGCGGAAGGUCGUCGUCUCCGGAAAGCGCCAGUGGAUUGGGCCGCGGUAUGGCCUGCGGCAGCAGGCUGACCUAGUGAAGCUGGCCAUCAAAUACAACGUCGAGCCCCUUCUGCCUCCUAGCAUCAAAUCCACAGAGUAUAAGGCCGCUCGCUUGGCAGAACGUGGUCUGCGCAUUAAGGGAACCGGUAUCGGCCAGAAGGUCAAGGGUCACAAGUGGGAGCGGACUAUGGAGGCUCGCCUCGAGGACCGUCGCAAGGCUAUGGUGGAGAUGCCGGAGAUGAUCCGCCAGUGGAAGCAGAGAGGUCACGGUCGUGGCUGGAGACAGUGGCCCAAGCGGUAAACGGGUCAAUUCAAGUGAACCUGUUUUCUCUCGUAUAUUCGCAUCGCUACUCGAUCCGCUCUUGUCGCUUUCCGUUCGACACCAGCGCUCCACCGGCUUACUCGGCGUCCCCUCGGUGGAAGCAUUUGUAUGAAUCAUUUGCAGGGGUUUGGGAAUGGGAGUUUCUUUGAUUAUUUUUGACAUCAUCUGUACAAUACUAUGCAAGCGUGGGCGCGGAGCCCGAUGAUCUCCGAGACACCUUGGUCAGGUCAUCUUGUCAUCGUGUGAAUACAACCAAGAAAAUUUUGAUGCA